GGCCCGAUCCCGCCGGGGUCACCACACACGGUCCGCGGCGGGCAGAGGUGCGCUCCGCUCCGCGCAUGCGUGUGCAGUAGGGAAUUGUUGCUCCGCUCGGCGCGAAGUUGCAGUCCGCGGCUCUUCCCCCGUGAGGCGGCGGCGGCGCGGCCGGAGCCGGGAUGGGGUGCGCGAUGGCGGCGCGGCGGGAAGGCUCGCGCGCCCUGUUGCUGCCGCUGGUACUGGCUGUGGCGUGCGCGGCGCGCAGCGCCGACGGGCCCAGCAACAUGUCCUACGUGAAGGAGACGGUGGACAGGCUGCUUCAAGGCUACGACAUCCGCCUCCGGCCCGACUUCGGAGGUCCGCCCGUGGAUGUGGGCAUGCGGAUAGAGAUCGCCAGCAUCGACGUGGUCUCCGAAGUCAACAUGGACUACACCCUGACUAUGUACUUCCAGCAGUCCUGGAGGGAUAAAAGACUCUCUUACUCUGGAAUACCUUUGAACCUAACUCUGGACAACAGAGUGGCUGACCAGCUCUGGGUGCCGGACACGUAUUUCCAAAACGACAAGAAGUCAUUUGUCCAUGGGGUGACGGUGAAAAACCGAAUGAUUCGACUCCAUCCAGAUGGAACAGUCCUUUAUGGCCUACGGAUCACAACAACAGCUGCUUGCAUGAUGGAUCUACGCAGAUAUCCUCUGGAUGAACAAAAUUGCACACUAGAAAUUGAAAGUUAUGGAUACACUACUGAUGAUAUUGAAUUUUACUGGAAUGGAGGAGAGUCAGCAGUAACAGGAGUUGAUAACAUUGAACUCCCACAAUUUUCUAUCAUUGAUUACAAGAUGGUAUCAAAGAGAGUGGAAUUUACAACAGGAGCAUAUCCUCGAUUAUCACUGAGCUUCCGGCUUAAAAGGAACAUUGGAUACUUCAUUUUGCAAACCUAUAUGCCUUCCACACUCAUUACAAUUCUUUCGUGGGUAUCUUUUUGGAUCAAUUAUGAUGCCUCUGCAGCCAGAGUUGCCCUAGGAAUCACAACUGUGCUGACCAUGACCACCAUCAGCACCCACCUCAGGGAGACCUUGCCAAAGAUUCCCUACGUAAAGGCAAUAGAUAUUUACCUGAUGGGAUGCUUUGUGUUUGUGUUCCUGGCCUUGCUGGAAUAUGCCUUUGUAAACUACAUAUUCUUUGGGAAAGGACCCCAACGUCAAAAAUAUGCAGGAAGGAGAGCAGGACAUGCUAUAGGCAAGAAGAGCAGACUGGAAACAAAUAGAGGCCAGCAACCACACCAUUACAACCAAGCAUCAUUAACUGAGUCAUCAUGUCCUCAGUCUCACUGAACUCAUGAGCCCAUUAAAAGCCCUUUCCUGCAUUCGCCUCCUGUCCCAGUGUGUAGGAGAUGCUUUAUUACAGUGGGUGCAUGAAUUCCGUUCAGGCUUGAAGCAGUCUCCAAGGUCCCACAGAGUAUUGUCCUCCACAGAGCAGAGGAGAUAAGCCACCCUGUUACGGGUUGUUGUGUGCAGACACUAUCUAUCCGUUUCUGUGGAAGUUAAGGAAGCAGAAAAAACAGCAAAACACACAAACUCUAACCAGCCACCUCAACAGCUCUGGAGAUAACCCAGCCUAGGUGAGAAGAAGCACAGCAAGGAUUCAUGAUGAAGAGGGAAGCAACACUUCUUCAGAGGUCAGCCUUGGCUACCUGAAGCCCUAGUGCACAGAACUAAGGGUGAGAAAGUGUAAAGGAUAAGAUGCAGGUAAGCUCUUUUUCCUACACAUUUGGAGACUUCUUUUAACUAAAAGAAAAGCCUUAACUCGUGACUAAAAGCUUCUUUCUAAAUGCUACACUGACGAAGAUUAUGCUGAGACCAGUACUCAGAACAGGUUAGAAAGUAUUUACAACCACACUUUAAUUUUUCAGAGCACCACAUUCACGCACCAGCAUUUUUCUGACAGAAAACUGAAGGCAUACACGCUUUGUAACAGGAUUUGUAAGGGUUCACACUUUAGACUGAAAUUCCAUUCUGAGGCUGUGAAUGUUUUAAGUGAACUGACUGCUUUUUGCCUGUGCAGUGCAAGUUUGUGAUUUUAGAUACACACACAUAUGUAUAUAUAUA